CACAGUCACGGCUCAAUACACAAACCUCGUCCUAUUUUUAGCAUUUAUCAUAAUGUAAACAGAUUGUAUGCGUUAGAAGACAGCUUAAUCACUUUGCCGAUAGAGGGAACCGUGUGGGGAUAUAUACGGCAGGAAUAAAGUUCAAAUUAUGGCUUGUUGUGGGAAGGGACCAGGCUAUGCCUCGCCUAUGGACGCCAUGAGGAAUGGCCCGAGAGAGGAGAUAGUCUACAUACCGUGUAUAAUUCCUCCCCAGACAAGAUCAAACAGACCAGAUUAUCUUGUUACUGUAAACGUUGAUCCUAAAUCACCAAACUAUUCAAAGAUAAUCCACAGAAUGUACUUGCCAAAUAUCCAGGACGAGGUACACCACACUGGCUGGAAUGCUUGCUCCAGUUGCCACAAUGACUCAUCAAAAUCUCGUAACCGACUGAUAAUGCCGUGUUUGGGAAGCAGUAGAGUCUAUAUUGUUGACGUGGGAACAGACAAGUAUGCACCGAGAAUACAUCAUAUUGUGGAACCCAGUGACAUGCACAAGGUUGGUUUGACGACCCCACAUACAACACAUUGUUUGGCUAACGGAGAAAUUAUGAUAAGUUGUUUGGGUGAUACCGAUGGCAACAAUAAAGGUGGUUUUGUUACCCUUGAUGGAGAAACAUUUCAGCUGAAAGGCAGAUGGGAACGGGGACCAGAAGCCGAGUAUGGAUAUGAUUACUGGUACCAGCCGCAUUUCAACGUGAUGGUUAGCUCUGGUUGGGCUGCUCCAAAAACCUUCAAACCUGGGUUCAAUCCAAAUGAUGUUGGAAAAGGUUUGUACGGCAUUUCUUGAUAUGAUCUCAUUACA